AUGGUUUGUAACCCUAGCAUCCCUACGUCUGCAUGCCUAGGGUUGCAUGGGCUUGGGCCAACAUUCACUCAAAUCUCCGUGACCCAUUUUGACGACCCAAUGUACACUAACAUCGCUCUGCCUAGGGUUGCAUGCCUAGGGUUGCAUGCUGAGAUGGCAUCAUCGGACACCCACCAGGAGCAGCCUCGCUCAGAAAAUCGUCGCUCUGAUCGCUCGGCGGCCUACUCCACGCAGCUGGCCGACGGGAACAGUGCGGGAAUCUCAGCUGCCAAGAUAGAAGAGUGA